AUGGGAAAAGCAAGGGACAGAACCGAGGAUUUCAAAGAUGCCGUGCGCCAAACCGCUCGCUCUUUGGGCUACGACGAGGCUAAAUUGGCGUCAAUUAUGGCAUCUUUCAUUAUUCAUAAACCCCCGCAAAGAUCUUCACUUUUCAAAGCCGCAUUGAAGACGUUAGAGCGUAUUGGAGAGCUGGAUCAGUUUUUGUUGAAGCAUAGAAAGGACUAUACGGAUCUGCAUCGCUCCACAGAGAAGGAAAGAGAUAGCAUCGAGCAUGAAGUUAGUACUUUUGUUAAAACAUGCCAGGAACAAAUUGAUAUUCUUAUGAAUAGUAUAAAUCAAGAAGAGGAAACUUCGAAAGGUUGGCUUGGCAUUGCGACUACAAAAUCUAAUGCCGACACCAUUGCCCACAAACAUGGGGUGGUUCUAAUCUUAAGCGAGAGACUUCAUACAGUUACUGCACAGUUUGAUCAGCUUAGAGCUGUACGCUUCCAGGAUGCUAUUAACAAAACAAUACCACGGAGAAAACUUAAGCGUGUAGCCAGAAAAGAUUCUGCAGAAACCUCUAAAUCAGAUGACAUGGAGCUCAGAGAACCCGAAGAGUUACGUGCUGAGCCUCUAAGAGUCCAACAACAACUCUUGGAGGAUGAAACACGUGCCCUGCAGAUGGAAUUGAUUGGUCAUAUCGACAUAGUUCAAGAAACGGAAACUAAGAUGGUGGAAGUGUCUGCACUGAAUCACCUCAUGUCUACUCAUGUUUUGCAACAAGCUCAGCAAAUUGAGCUUCUUUAUGAGCAGGCUGUUGAAGCCACUAAGAAUGUUGAGUUUGGCAACAAAGAACUAUCACAGGCCGUUCAGCGGAAUAGCAGCAGCAGGACAUUUCUUCUCCUGUUUCUAUUUGUGCUUAUUUUUUCUGUCCUCUUUCUUGAUUGGAAGGCAUCUCUUUCUAGAUGUGAUGUUUGUUUAGUAGAUAAAGAAAUUCAGUAA